ACCCCCACCCCACGCCACCCACCAUGUCUUGUUCAGUCGACCAACUUGCUCCAUUCCUCGGACCCAACACCAGUACUGAUGCUGUAGCUGCUGCCACAUACAUAUGUGACCAAUUUUCCGAUGUAUCGAACAAAUUUAUCGAUACCGGUUAUGCAAUUGACUCAACAUAUCUACUCUUUUCUGCGUACCUAGUUUUCUCAAUGCAACUAGGUUUCGCUAUGCUUUGUGCAGGCUCUGUCCGUGCAAAGAAUACUAUGAACAUCAUGUUAACUAAUGUUCUUGAUGCUGCCGCAGGUGGUCUUUUUUAUUAUUUAUUUGGUUUUGCUUUUGCAUGGGGUGGUCCAUCUAAUGGAUUUAUUGGACGUCAUUUCUUUGGUCUUAAAGAGAUCCCAUCUGAAUCUUUUGAUUAUAGUAAUUUUCUUUAUCAAUGGGCUUUUGCUAUAGCUGCUGCUGGUAUUACAAGUGGAUCAAUAGCUGAGAGAACUCAGUUUGUUGCUUAUUUGAUUUACUCUUCUUUUUUAACUGGUUUUGUUUACCCUGUUGUUUCUCAUUGGUUUUGGUCACCUGAUGGGUGGGCCAGCCCGACUAAUAGUGCAAAUCUUUUAUUCGGGUCGGGUGUUAUUGAUUUUGCCGGGUCGGGUGUGGUUCAUAUGGUAGGUGGUAUAGCCGGCUUUUAUGGUGCUUUAAUUGAAGGUCCAAGAAUCGGGCGGUUCGAUCAUACGGGCCGGGCUGCAACCCUACGUGGACAUAGCGCUUCGCUUGUGGUUUUGGGUACAUUUUUGUUGUGGUUCGGAUGGUACGGGUUUAACCCGGGUUCGUUUAAUAAGAUUCUUGUUACUUAUGGUACAAGUGGAGGGUAUUAUGGUCAAUGGAGUGCUGUGGGCCGGACCGCGGUGACCACCACCUUAGCGGGUUGCACCGCUGCCCUAACGACCCUUUUUGGUAAGAGGAUUUUAUCGGGCCAUUGGAAUGUUACGGAUGUGUGUAACGGGCUUCUGGGCGGAUUUGCAGCAAUCACGGCUGGCUGUUCUGUUGUUGAGCCAUGGGCCGCUAUUAUUUGUGGGUUCGUAGCUGCUUUAGUUUUAAUCGGUUUUAACAAGUUAGCGGAGAUAUUUAAAUAUGAUGAUCCACUUGAGGCAGCACAAUUACAUGGUGGUUGUGGUGCAUGGGGAAUAAUUUUCACUGCUUUAUUUGCUAAGGGUAAGUAUGUGGAUCAAGUUUACCCGGGUAAACCGGGUCGGCCUCACGGGUUAUUUAUGGGUGGUGGUGGAAAACUACUUGGGGCACAUAUAGUCCAAAUUCUUGUAAUAUUUGGUUGGGUCACAGCUACAAUGGGUCCACUUUUCUAUAUUCUUCAUAAGUUGAAGCUUCUUAGGAUCUCUUCUGAGGAUGAGAUGGCGGGUAUGGAUCUGACCCGACAUGGUGGAUUUGCUUAUUAUCAUGAAGAAGAUCACAAGCAAGGAUUGCAAAUGAGGAGAGUUGAACCAACAAUCUAAACUUAGAAAAUUUAUCUUUUAAUUUAUUCUCCUAUGUGUCCUUUUCAAUGUUCUAUUAUUUCUUUCUAGAAAAUUAAGUUUAGGUUGUAAGUGUGGAAAAGAAAAAGAAAAAAAUGGCUUUCUUUUAGGGGUAAAUGGGUGGUUGUCUUUGAAGAUAAUGUGAACAUGGACUCCUUUUAUUCUUAUUUCUACCUUUGACUAUAAAGAUGCACCCCCUUUGUACAUAUAUGUAUUACUCUUACCAUUAUUGUGGUACCGUCAA